GACUCGAUUAGUAAGACUGCGUGAUGCACGCAAACGCGGAAGCGACGGCUUUCACUGGUGGCUUUUGUAUACAGUGGAUGUGUGCUUGACAAUCAAAAUUUUAAGCUCGUUUGUCUCUGGAAUUGGACGCUUGAGACGCAUGCAGCCCGGUGUGCCAUGAUUCCCAUUGCGGUGGUGGUGUGUGUGAUGGGCGGGUGGUGUACAGUGUAUCUGACGGACACGCUGCUGCGGUCGUCCAGUUCAGUGAAGAACCGCUAUGAAUCGUGGUUAUCCUCUAACGGAUUCACUCUCUCUCCCUUCCAUAUCAAAUGGCACACGAGCAUCUUCAACCGUCUGUUUGCCAGAUGUGCUCAUCUCAACCCUCGCUUUCUGUACAUCUGGUUCAGUGCUGGUAUGGUGUUUGGGGUCCUGGCAAUGUUUGGGUCUGUGGUUCUCCUGAGCAAAACGCUGUUGCAGACUUUGAGUCAGAUGAUGGCAGAUUCACCGGAAGGGUCCCACGAACAGGUCUUGCAAGUGGUGGUGCCUGGCGUUAACCUUCCUGUCAGUCAACUGGCCUAUUUUUUCAUCGCUAUCUUGGUCAGCGGAGUCAUACAUGAGUUUGGCCAUGGGGUGGCAGCACUGAGGGAGCAGGUGAGGUUGAAUGGUUUUGGCAUGUUCAUGUUUGUGGUUUAUCCUGGAGCAUUUGUGGACCUCUUCACAACACAUCUGAACCUCAUUUCUCCAGUCCAGCAGCUCAGAAUAUUCUGUGCCGGUGUGUGGCACAACUUCAUGCUGUGUGUUGUGGCCCUCAGCUUCCUGUUCCUGCUGCCAAUCUUACUGUUCCCCUUGUAUUACACUGGAGCAGGGGCGCUCGUCACUGAGGUGGUGGAGGGCUCCCCAUCGAGUGGACCUCGUGGGCUGUUUCUAGGAGAUCUGGUAACCCAGCUGGAGGACUGUACAGUUCGGGGAGUGCAGGAUUGGCACGACUGCAUUCAGCAUCUAUCCCAUAGUCCUCAGAAGGGUUACUGCGUUCAUACUGCUAAAUUGCAGCUCAGCUGGAUGGCAGGAAGAGCGUUCAAACGCCUCGAUGGCACUAUGGAGUGCUGUGGGAACAACAGCAUGACCGACCUCUGCUUCUCUUACAGUAAUAACGUGGAGAGCAAAUUGUUUGCCUGCCUGCCGGUCAGAAAAACCAUUGAAGCGAGUCGUACAUGUCGUACCAACACAGACUGUCAAACGGACUUCAUCCCAAGCUUGUGUUUAAUCCCAUCUCUGGAGAACCAGACCAGACUGAUCCGGGUCAAACACCCACCACAAACAGACAUGCUGUUUGUUGGCUACCCUUCACAUCUACAGUACUCAGUGAGUCUCACCAACUUUGUUCCUCGUUUGGGCUUUCUUCAUCCAGACCUGCCUGUCAUGAUGGAGACUUUCUGCAAAUACCUUGUCUCAUUGUCUGGGGCCCUGGCGGUAGUAAACGCUGUUCCAUGCUUUGCGCUGGACGGCCAGUGGAUGCUCACAGCAUUCCUAGAAGCUAUGUUGAGCUCUGUGAUCCCAGAGAGGAACAACCGAGAACUGAUUGGCUUUUUUUUUCUGCUGGGGGGCAGUGCCCUUCUAGCGGCCAAUGUAGCUCUGGGCCUGUGGAUGGUCACAGCACGGUAACGCAUAGCCAUCUCCUCCAGGGGAAAUGCUUACCGAAGAACCUUCUUGAACUCAUGGAGGAAUCAAAUGGGUGGUUUUACCUUUGCUGGCCUGGUACUUGCCAGACUUCCCACCCUGAAAGUGCAGCCAGAGGGUCAAGAAUGCUGCUGUACCUGAGAAAACGCUUAAUCGAUAGGUUUGAAUGGCUCAGAUAGAAACAAGCAGUAAAUAGCAUCUUGAAGCUGCAUGCUUUUACACUGUGACCUUAGGACAGCGCCACUAGUGCCCUCUUUGAUAAAUACUGUGCAUUAUCACACAUUGUUAAAAGUGUCUGCUUAAUCAAGUAAACCCACAAAUGACACGAUAUCAACAAAUACAUGGAGGAUUUUGUGGGCAAUACUUGCCUGUUUGGCCUCUCUGUCUUCCUGAAGUACAUGGACACACAAGCUAUGUGUAGUUUUACAUUGUCUGUAGUUCAGUUUUCCACAUACCACAUCAACCCAAACAUACAUAAAGCCAAUUAAUUUGACAUCAUGACAUCAUUUAAGUGUACAUUCAAUAAUUUUACAUAAAGAAAUAUAGUCAUUUUGAAAAAUGUUUUAUGUCAUGUGCACUUGCAUGUAGUGAAGAAUUCAGACUUUUUUAGGUUACGUAAGUAACCUAAAAAAAGGGUUACGUUUAGACAACCAGCCAAGUUUGCUCGCUUUUUCUUAGAAACAACUCUGUAAUUGAACAUUUUCAGCCAACACCAAAAGCAUUUCUACAAUAGUGGCAGUAACUGAAAACUUUUGCUGUUGCAUGAUGCUUCAUCCACACCACUAGGUUUCAGUAUAGAGUCCAGAUGGUUGCCAUCAGCUAGCAUAGCAUCAACCAAAAACUGAGUGCACCUUAUCUAAAUUGAAAUUGAAAUGCAUACAUUGUGGUCAAAAUAUACAUUUGUACAUAUAGUGACUAGACACAGCAUGAAACUGCACAAAUAAACAUAUACUACUGCAGUGUUAUUGAACUUGGAAGAGUAGCUUUAGCAGAGAUUGAAUGGCUAAUGGUUUAUAAGCUCUGACACAGCUGUGAACUGUGAAAAUGUUCUCUUAUACACCAUGACGAGAGAAACCUAUUGCUAAACAUGCUCUUAUGUGCAUGGGAAGCGUUCAUAUUGUAUAUGAUCUGUAUACUGUGAAAUUUCCCCCCAAUAACAAUUAGCCAGACUGUGGGUUUAAACUGCACUAAACUUGCUUUACUUGUUUUUAAUGUACGUUCUCUUUUUUUUUUUUUUUUUUCUCGUUGUCUUUGUUCACCUUCAUGACUCAUUGUACAUGUGUUUAUAAAAGUAAUUUACAUGAA